UGGAUGCCAUUUUCCAUCCUUCAGUGAAGGUACCCUAUGGUUGAUGGCUUGCCUUGGACACUUUAUGGCAUUAUGACUAUAACUUUGUAACCAAAUAAACCCCCUUUAUAAAAGGCUCCAUUUCUGGUACUGUGCAAAACGGCAGGAUUAAACUGAAACAGAGUUGUUCAAGACUACAGAACAUUGCAGAAAGAAUUUUAAAAGAACUAAAUAGACAUCCCGUGUUCAUGGGUUGGAGAACCUAAUAUUGUUAAGAUGCCAAUACCACCCAAAAUAAUUUACAGAUUUAUUGCUAUCACAAUAACAAUAAAAUUCCAACCAACUUCUUUGCAUAAUUUUAAAAACCAAUUAUCAAAUUUAUAUGAAAAAGCAAAUGGUUUUGUAUAGCAAAACCUGUUUUGUAAAACAAGAACCAAGUUGGAGGACUCACAUUUCUUGAUUUCAAAUUUUGUUUCCAAGCUACAGCAAUCAAACCAGAAGUUGAUGGUUUGGAAAAUUCUGAGUUUCUCGAUAAUGAGUCUCCAGAGAACAGUGCUCCAUGUGAGGGUUUCACUGAACACAGUACCAGUCAGCCAGUUCAGUGCAAGCUGGGAUUGGAGGUGAAGUUUCUUGGAAGGAGCUAUGGAAAGCCCUACUGUCUGAUGGUUUGUAAACCUGUGUACUACAUGCAAAGUCAACCUGGUUUUUCAAGAUCUAUAUGAACAGAACCACUGUCAUCCUGGAUUAAAAGUGACAGAAAAGGGACAGACUGAAGGAAAAAUACUCAACAUCACUAGCCAUUAAGGGAGUUAAUGACCUACAAAGAUGUAGCUGUAGACUUCACCCAGGAAGAAUGGGCAUUAUUAGACACAACCCAAAGAAAGCUAUUCAGAGAAGUGAUGCUUGAGAACAUAAAUCAUCUGGUUUCACUGGGAUGUCCAGUCUGCAAAUCAGAUGUCCUUUCCCAGAUGAUACAAGGAAAGGAGGUGUGGAGAGAAGGAAUAGGAUUUCUUCAAAACUGGAGUCCAGCCAGGAAAAGUGCCAGUAAAAUGCAAGAAGUAGUAUUGCCGCAACUUACAUACGGAAAGGAAAAUUCUAACGUCAUAUCAUUGCAGAUAUCACACGUUCAAAAGAAUCCCUUUCAAUGCAAUUAUUUGCAAGAAGAUUCCACUCUCAGAUCCACAGUGACUCACCAUGCAUUAUUUCCCAUGAGAAGGAAACCAUAUUUAAGCACACCACUUGGAAAACUCCUUGGUGACCACUCAUGUUUUAAUCAACAUGAGCACAUUCCAACUGAAAGUAAAUCAUAUGAGAGUCAUUGGAGUGUUAAAGACAUUACUAAAAGCUCUGGCCACAGGAAAUCCAAUGGAACUCAAACUGGAGAUAAACUAUAUGAAUGCCUUAUAUGUGGGAAAAGUUGCAGUAGAUUUUUUCAUCUUAAACAACAUGAGAAAACACACACUGCAGAAAAACCCUAUGAAUGUGAUUUAUGUGGGAAAGCCUUCAGUGUAUAUUCUUAUCUUAGGAAACAUGAGAAAAGACACACUGGAGAGAAACCCCAUGAAUGCCAUUUAUGUGGGAAAGCCUUCAGUCAAUACUCUUAUCUUAUGAAACAUGAGAGGAUACACAAUAGAGAGAAACCCCGUGAAAGCCAUCUGUGUGGGAAAACCUUCAGUCAGUAUUAUCUUAGACAUGAAAAAAACCACAGUGGAGAGAAACCUCAUGAAUGCCAUGUAUGUGGGAAGGCCUUCACUAGAUCUUGGAAUCUUAGACAACAUGAGAUAACACACACUGGAGAGAAACCCUAUGAAUGCCAUACAUGUGGGAAAGCCUUCAUGCGUUGUUUUAACCUCAUACGACAUGAGAAAACUCACACUGGAGAGAAACCCUAUGAAUGCCAUACCUGUGGGAAAGCCUUCACUCAUUGCUCUACUCUCAAAUAUCAUGAGAAAACUCACACUGGAGAGAAACCAUAUGAAUGUGAUACAUGUGGAAAAGCCUUCAUUGAAUGCUCUGCUCUCAGAAAACACGAGAGAACUCACACUGGAGAGAAACCCCAUGAAUGUCAUCUGUGUGGAAAAGCUUUCUUUCAGAGUUAUGGUCUUAGGAGACAUGAGAUAAUGCACAGUGGGCAGAAGCCAUAAGAAUGCCAUCCAUAUGGAAAAUCUUAAUUUUUCUAUUCUUUGUCAACAUGAAAUUAUGAAUGUCAUUAGUCUUGGAAAGUGUUCAGUCAAUAUUCUGACCUUAGAUGGAGAGAGAGAACAUAACAUUUUUAGCAUGGAAGGGACUUCACCCAUAGCCUUGUAAUUUAAAAAUAGAGAACUCAUAUACUGAAGAAACACCCUAUAAUCAAUGUGGUAGGGCCUUUAGCCAUUAUACUAUUUUAUUUGAUAAACAGAAAUUCAUAUAGGGGAGAGUCUGCAUGAAUGUCAUCCAAAAAAGUCCUUAGUAGAUGGCCUGAUGAGAAAUUGUAUGAGAACUCAUGAUAUAAAAUAAUGAAAGAAAGCCCUUCCACUCUAAGCAAGGCAGAGAAAUUAACACAUGAGGAAUUCUGUGUAUGCAAUGUUGGAAUGCCUUAAUUUGUAGUUUAUUUAAGGUUAAUGAGUGAACUCCAUAGGAAUGAGACACUAGGUCUGUAAUUACUGUGCACUACUAUCAUUCAGUGAUACCCAAGCCUUGGUGUGCUAAAAACUAAUUAGAAAUAAAUACAAAAAAAUUAAAUAAGAUGAAAAAGUCAUGAAAACAUGAAAUAAGAGAAAAGCCUUUAUUUACAGGAUGAAAUCCCUUGAGGGAUAUCCAGAAAUUUCAUGAUGGAGAAUGUACUCAUUGUAAAAUCUAGGGAAGUCACUUAUUUAGAAUUUGGGGAAGAUAUAUGCAUGUGUUAUUGUAACUCUGAGGUAUAGUGUUGGAGGGGAUUGGGCAAAUUAUAGGAUGUUUGGCGGUGCUGUGAUGGAAGUGGUAUAUGUGUGGGGAUAGGAAUGUGUGAAGCCUGUGAUUUGGGGUAAAUGAAUAUGCUUCUGUGGUUACUUCUAAAGGAUCAAUGGACAGUUUGGGUCGGUAACUAAAUAUCUGCAGAAUAGGAAUAGAUAUGUUUGUUUUUCAUCUUACAAGGAACAACUUCAUCUUGAUAACUACAAUAUCAGUGGGUGAGAGGAUCCUGCAAACAGUAGUUCACUAAGCCAAUCAGAGGUCCAGAUAUUUCCCAUUUCCCCUUACUAGUGGCUCAUUAGGGAAUAUCAGAACCUGCUGAAGCAAUCAUCUCAGUGAAAAAAGAGGUAAUAAAUUUCAAAAUCUACAGGGCCCAAAGGCAAUGCCAUCAUGAUGGUCCAGAUGUGGGAAUACAGUCCUUGACAAUUUUUGUAAAGAUUAUUUUCCAGAGCAUGGGUAUAUGAAAAUUUUGACUAAUUUUAGAAUUUAUAAAUUGCUGAAUUUUACCAGUAAGUUUGGGUACACAAGUAGUAUUUCUCUUCAGCAUAACCUUAUAUUUUUGAAAUACUGAGACAUUGUUUUACCUUAAAUAGAGAACAAGAAAAAUUUAUCUUUCACAACUUCCAUGUUAUAUAGACAUAAUGGUAGAUUUAUAUAGUGUAAUAAGUUAAAGAGUGGAAAGAAAAAAGAACAGGAGAAAAAAUGAAAGUUUUCAUUUGCAGUUGACAUUUGGUUUUAUAGAAACCACUAUUAAAUUUGCAAAAGGAUGUUAGAGACCAUUAAUUUUAGGAGUGUC